GUCCAACCGGUGAACUUCGCAGACCUUCAGAAACCAUCAUGCUUGCACGCGCCUCGAUCCUCUACGCCCGCGCCGCGCCGCGCAUGGCCGCCCGCGCCUUCUCGACGGAACACUCCUCGUUCCACGCCAACCUCCCGCCGCUCAGCAUCACGGAGGCGCAGGAGCUCCGCGCCCAGGUGCGCAAUGAGCAGAUGCGCAAGGACCACUUUGCCAUGAAGGCCGAGUACCCGGAUGCGAGCCAAGGCGAAGAGGCCAUUGACGCCGACAAGGCCAACCGCAAGCGCGUCAUCUACCGCAGCAAGCAGCGCGGCUGGCUGGAAGUGGACUUGCUCCUUGGCCGCUGGGCGAGCGAGAAUGUCAUGUCGCUGACUGCCGACGAGCUCCGUCAGUACGAAGACAUCUUGAACCGCGAGACGAUCGACAUUUUCAACUUUAUCUCGGGCAAGGACGUCGUGCCGCCGGAGAUUGACACACCCAUGAUGAAGCGUCUGCAAGCGUACUGCAAGACGAGCCCGCUCGGGAAGGCCUCCAUCCAAGGCUUCUUGGACAACAAGAAGUACAUGAGCAACUAAGAGCCGCUGACCUCAGACGCGCUCAUCCAAAUGCAUUCUCUGUUCUUCAAAA